CAGAUAAUUAGUGACGCAGGGCGCUAAAACGCGACAUUUUUGAAAACGCUGAGUUUUUAUGUUAUUAUUUCUAAACUUUGUAAGCAAAGUGAAGCAUUUUGUGGGUACCGUGAUAGAGUUUAUGCUUCUCGGUAAGCAGCUUCAAUAGCUGGACUGGCUGUACGGUGGAAGAAAACUGGCAAGGCCCUAUAUACCUAUAUAGAAAACUGGUUUACUAGAGCGGCUCAAGGAAUGGACUGCAUGGACAGCACUCCUGCUGUGAACGGUAAAAUGAACGGGGACGCGUCCGCGGGCCCGCGGGCUCGGCCGGCCGGGGACGCGCCUCCCAGCCGCGCGGGCGGAGACGCCGACACCCACCCGGCCCCGCCCCCGCCCCCGCCCGCCCAGCCGCCGGCGCCGCCCAUACUGGACGUGGAGAUUGUGCUGAAGCUCGGCUGCGCCACCGACCGGGCGCGCAUCUGCAAGCACGCGCGUGAGUUUCUGACGUCGCUGCGCACGGUGACCACGUGUACCACCUACAUGAGUCUGGGCGAGAAGCUGAGCGCCAGCGCGGCCGAGUUGGCCGUGUUCGACCGCACAGGGUCGCAGGAGAGCCGCUGCUACACGGUGUCCGAGUGCCAGCUGGUGUGCCACCCGCACCGGCUGGAGGAGUCCGGCCCGGAGGUCGAGGAGGUGGAGGACGAGGCCGGAGACAUGCCGGCCGCCACCCAGUGGAUCCUGCCCAGCCGAGACUUCCACGGACUCUGGGACUCGCUCAUCUACGAGACCAACAUCAAACAGCAGCUGCUCAACUUCGUGUCCACCACGCUACUCUUCUCCGACAAGGGAGUCAACGGCAACGUGAUCUCGUGGAACCGCGUGGUGCUGCUGCACGGGCCGCCCGGCACCGGCAAGACCUCGCUGUGUAAGGCGCUGGCGCAGAAGCUGGCCAUCCGAAUGUCGGACCGCUACGCGUACGGUCAGCUGAUCGAGAUCAACAGUCACAGUCUGUUCUCCAAGUGGUUCUCCGAGAGCGGGAAGCUGGUGCAGAAGAUGUUCACCAAGAUCCAGGAGCUGAUCGACGACCCGAAGGCGCUGGUGUGCGUGCUGAUUGACGAGGUGGAGUCUUUGACGGCGGCGCGCCGCGCCUCCUCCUCCAGCGCCGAGCCGAGCGACGCCAUCCGCGUGGUCAACGCGCUGCUCACACAGAUCGACCAGAUCAAACGCUUCCCGAACGUGCUCAUCCUGACGACGUCCAACAUCACGGGCGCCAUCGACCUGGCCUUCGUCGACCGCGCCGACAUCAAGCAGUUCAUCGACCUGCCCUCGCCGGCGGCCAUCUACAAGAUCUACCGCUCCUGCGUGGAGGAGCUGGUCCGCACGCGCAUCAUCUCCUCGGCCGAGAAGCUGUUCAGUCUGCACAACCUGGAGCUGACGCAGUACGUGGGUAACGCGGCCACGCAGAGCAGCCUGCGCCUGUGGCAGAUCGCGCAGGCCAGCCGCGGCCUCAGCGGGCGCACGCUGCGCAAGCUGCCGUUCCUGGCGCACGCGCUGUUCAUCACCACACCGUCGGCCACCAUGUGCGAGUUUCUGUCGGCGCUGGAGGCGGCCGUGACCAAACAGUUCCAGGACAGGACUGAGCUCAGCAACAGCUGAACGGACACUAAUGUGUUCAGUGGCGUGCCGGGGUGUGCGGCGUCCACGGUCGCUGCUGCAGCGGGCGCGGGCCCACACUCUGUGAGGACGCCUAACGACCGUCCGACGAGAGAGGUAGGUGACAGUGAGUGGUAUGUCCAGCACUAUGCCUGGUGGCUGGUGCUGCGUGUGAACCGGGGGGGGGGGGGGCUGUGUAGCAGUGUGUCUAGAGCUCAGUGCGCUCGCUGCUGUAUGCGGACAGGAGAGGGAUGUCAGUGACUGGUGUGGUGAGGUGUGCAGCAGUGCACUGGGUGCUGUAUGCGGACGGGAGAGGGAUGUCAGUGACUGGUGUGGUGAGGUGUGCAGCAGUGCGCUGGGUGCUGUAUGCAGACUGAGGGGUGAGGGUUGUCAGUGGACAGGGUUCGGCGUGGUGAGGUGUGCGGCACUCUGUUAGGGGCUCUAUGCGGACAGGGGGGGGGGGAUGAAUGUCAGUGGACAUUGAUGUGUAUUUGGCAAUGCGUUCCGCGCCAACCAACAGCCGGUGAACGGUGGUGUCAGGUGACUGAAUGUGUUGCCUCCAGUCACAUUCAAAACCUAGCCAACUCACGGGUGUUAGCGAUAUACAUAUGUGGUUUAACUAGAGUUGUUACCUAACCAAGUGCUUUUGCCUGCAUAAUGCAUAUACCUCACAAAUUAGUCGCCUGCUGCGAUGUUGUCAGCUCGUCAUAACUGACUUUGUGAUGGGCGCUAAAUUUGAUCUCUUGUAUGGGGCCAAACUAGAUGUAUCAUGAGCAAAUUAGGAGGUAAUAUUUUUGAUACCAACACUGCCAAUCGUGGCCCAUCUGUAAACUCUGCUGUGCGCUGCACAGCUACGCGCACUCGAGUUAAAUUUCUGCAUAAUGUGAAGUCAUGAAGGGGCGUUAGUACAUGUGGUAGUAGGCCAAACCCGCAACGAGUUAGUACUUAACUUAAUUGUGAAUGCGGAAACGUUGAAGAUCCGAUGCGAUGGUCUAUUGAAUGGAUUGUUCGUUUGGUUGAAGCAAUACAUUAUUGCAGUUA